GCGCAUUCCUGCUCUGCGCACGCACGCGCGAACCCUACAGCUCUUGGUUCUUUCAGGCCGCGGACUGUACCAAGUAAAUCCGGGCAACGAGGGACAAAGCACAUCCCGUGCGCGAGUAUUGUCCACCGCCCGACUGGGAUAGCCCCUCUACAAGCAGUGCUGCAGGAACGGUCCAUCUCGCCGCGCAAGCGCCCUAGGCUCCUGCGCCCCCUCCUACCCUACUUGCAGCGCAGGCGCAGAGCCGGCGCGUGCAACCGCCACCGCAGAGCCGGAGAGGGGGUCUGCAGUACCGCAUCCCUCUCUACUUGCCAACAUCCUGUAUUAGAGAACUUUGGCUGGAGGUGUGGUUGUGGAGAGCCGGCUGGGGAGGGACGCUGCUCAGCUGCUGCUCUGCUCCUGUCUCCUGUCCUCUCCCCUGGCCAUGACAGAGACCCGUGAGCCAGCUGAGACUGGAGGCUAUGCCAGCUUGGAAGAAGACGAUGAAGACCUCUCUCCAGGGCCUGAGCAUUCCUCUGACUCAGAAUACACUCUCUCAGAGCCGGACUCUGAAGAGGAAGAAGAUGAGGAGGAAGAGGAAGAGGAGACAACCGAUGACCCUGAAUAUGACCCUGGCUACAAGGUGAAGCAGCGCCUGGGUGGGGGCCGGGGUGGCCCAUCCCGCCGGGCCUCCCAUGCAGCCCAGCCCCCAGGCCCUUCGGCCCAGCCCUGCCAGCUCUGUGGCCGCUCACCCCUUGGGGAGGCCCCACCGGGAGCCCCACCCUGCCGCCUCUGCUGCCCUGCUACAGCCCCCCAGGAACCACCAGCCCCUGAAGGCAGGGCCCUCGGGGAGGAAGAGGAAGAGCCAGAGCCAGAGCCAGAGCCAGAACCACCUCAGGCUGGGGCAGGCCGGCCAGCUGGGCGGGGGGAGGAGGAGGAGGAUGAGGAGGAGGAGGGCACCUACCACUGCACAGAAUGUGAGGAUUCCUUCGACAACCUGGGGGAGCUGCAUGGCCACUUCAUGCUGCAUGCCCGGGGUGAGGUGUAGGCAGAGCCCCUCACCUGGGGAGCUUGGCAGAAGGGUGGGGUGGGAGGAGGGGGUUGAAGGAAUUGGGUGCUCACAGUGGACAUAGAGUAUAGGGUACUGAAAUUUGUGUUGUCCUAGGAGUAGAUGUGUGAAGGCCAGAAUAAAAGCCAAAUUCUGUGUGUGUCA